UGGCUCAGCCCAGCAUGUCCUGUGCUCGGCUGCACGGCACCUGCCGUCCGCGGCCGGGUAAAGGCCGGGAGCUGCAACCGGGCGCAGGUCAAGGCGGAUGCUUGGAAAUCUGGGAAAUCGAUUCGUCUUCCCGGCGCCACAACCAUCCUAUGGACAGCAAUCCUACAAGAGGAAUUUAUGCUGGAUCCCAUGGAACAGCGUCAUCUCACCGAAUCGCGUGGGUACGGAGGCCAAUAGCAGCGGCAUUCCCUGCCUGUGGUUCCCAGCGCCAAAGGCUGCCACUGUGAUCCUGUUCUUCCAUGCCAAUGCCGAAGACCUUGGCAUGUCCUUUGCCGUGCUGCGUCACAUACGUGAUCAGUUCAAGGUGAACGUGCUGGCAGCUGAGUACCCCGGAUAUGGCCUUCUACAUGCCAUGGAGCCCUCGGAGGAUGCAGUGUACGAAGUGGCACUGACCACCUUCCGAUUCCUGGUGGAUGAGAUUGGCGUGAGAUAUUCGCAGAUCAUUCUCUUUGGCAGAUCCUUAGGGAGCGGCCCAGCGGUAUUCUUGGCUGCGCAAUACCCUGUGGGCGGCCUGAUCCUGGUCUCGGCCUUCAGUAGCAUCAAGGCGGCGGUGCAGAGCAUCGUAGGACGCGUCUUGGCCUGGACAUUCACCGAGCGCUUUCCCAACAGCAGGAUCAUUGCAAACGUCUCAUGUUCCACGCUGUUUAUCCAUGGUGAAGCUGAUAGCUUGAUCCCAGCAGAGCAUUCGCUGAAACUCUUCAAGCGAUGCCGUGCCCGGAAGUUACUGGUGACACCAUCCAAGAUGGAACACAAUUCAAAUCUCUUUGGCGACGCCUCAUUCCUGGCAGUGCCUGCGAUCCAUUUCUUCGGGUUCCCAGGCUACUACACCGCAUCACCUCCCAGAUUGCCCGCCUAUUUGUUUGAGGAUCCAGCCAAUCGAGCACGCAUGCUGAAAGACCGCAAGGAGUCUUUGCCACCGAUGACCAGACCUUCAUGGCUGUGCGAUUGCUUGGCCAAGGGUGAUGGCCAGCAGAUGGAUGUGACUUUCUGUCGCCAGGAGAACUCCGUUGAGGACAUCACCAUCCGCUUCAAGGAGCAGGAGUCUGAUCCUAACGAGCCUGACGAGUUGAAGGGCGGCCAGUCCGACAUCCAUGGACGGUCACCCCGGGACAACCCCCCAUGCCACGCUUUGGACGAUGGGGACCUGGGCAGGGACUGGAUUUCAGUUCUGAAGCAACCUUUGGACCUCGGAGGGACGAGACAGGUGCAGCUUUAUGGCACCACAACCAAGAAACACUCGCUGAAGAGGGAAAUCCUGCAGUGGCCCAGUGACGCUCAAAUCCGAGCGCCGCGGAUCUUGCGGCUCACCGAAGCGACCUACAAGACACCCACAGGAAGGUUCUGA